UGGCGGCCCCGGCGGCGGCCAAUGGGCGGCGCCCGCAUCAGCCUCGCCGGGCGGCGGCGGCGGAAGGGGCGGAGCGGCGGCGGCGUCCGAGCGGCGGUGGAGGCCGCAGUCCCGGUCGCGGCCUCGGCCCCGGAGCCACCAUGGUGACGCCCGCUGAGCUGCUGGUGCUGCUGGCCGCGCUGCUGGCCACGGCCUCGGGCUACUUCGUCAGCAUCGACGCGCACGCCGAGGAGUGCUUCUUCGAGCGGGUCACCUCGGGCACCAAGAUGGGCCUCAUCUUCGAGGUGGCCGAGGGCGGCUUCCUGGACAUCGACGUGGAGAUCACGGGCCCUGACAAUAAAGGGAUUUACAAAGGAGACCGGGAAUCCAGUGGGAAGUACACCUUCGCUGCCCACAUGGACGGCACCUACAAGUUCUGCUUCAGCAACAGGAUGUCCACCAUGACCCCCAAGAUUGUCAUGUUCACCAUCGACAUCGGGGAGGCCCCGAAAGGACAGGACAUGGAGACAGAGGCUCACCAGAACAAGCUAGAAGAAAUGAUCAACGAGCUGGCAGUGGCCAUGACGGCCGUGAAGCACGAGCAGGAGUACAUGGAGGUGCGGGAGCGCAUACACAGAGCCAUCAAUGACAACACCAACAGCAGAGUGGUUCUCUGGUCCUUCUUCGAGGCUCUCGUCCUGGUGGCCAUGACGUUGGGGCAGAUCUACUACCUGAAGAGAUUCUUCGAAGUCCGGAGGGUGGUCUAGAAGGCCUUUCCCGAAGAUGCCAGAGUGGUCACUCACUGUUUACCACACACCUUGGUCCUAUGAUGUCAUUAGUUUCUGAUUUUAUUUUCGGAACUGUACAUUCACGGCUUACGUUUUCGUUGUGAUGAGUAAAUAGAUAGUGGGGGAGAAACACCUUUUUAAGAAAGUUACAGUGAAAUCUGAAUUUUGAUUGGCAUGAUUUGUUAUGUGACUGCUGCUUUCAUGCUACAAGGUCCUGUUAGAACGCAAACCCUGUGUGUGUGAGAGAGGGCAGGCUUUGCCAGCUCUUGUCUCUCUUCCCAGUAAGUUGCAGUUUUGUUGAGGCAGCGGCACAGUGCCCAUUAGUGCCUCAUGAAGUGGCCGCGUGCUGGGUCACCCUGCGGCUCCCGUCAGUAACGGUCUGUUUGGUGAGCUCCUGCCUCUGGUACCUCGGCCCUGCCGGGGCGGGCUCCCUCUUCAGAGCGCGGAUCCUCCGACACAUAGCCCCCCCCCCGUUUUUAACAUUGAACCUCAGGCUUGUCGCCUCCAUGUAAAUUGAUGACAAAAGCAGCUGAUUUUCUGGUUUCUGCCUCACCUUGUCAGUCGCUCCCCAAGCCAGCCCUCCAGGUGUUUCUGCCAUGCCAGCUUCCCCUCCUGUGCAGGCGCGUCCACUGUCGGCGCCCAUGUGACGGGAGGACCUGGGCUUCUGAUGUCACAGGGUUAUGUUUGGUUGCUGUGACAUACAGCCACUGUUGAUUCUUCAUCAGUGACCUUUCGGGCCACUGUAACUAGGGCACUGGACACCAAGUCCACUCUAGGGGUUUUUUUUGUUUGUUUCUUUUGGGCUUUUUUUUUUUUGGCACAUGUGAAUUUCGUUUUGUAUAGAAUGGAAUAACUUCCUCUUCAAUCUCUGAUGAUGGGUUUCAGAUUUAAGGAGCAUCGGUUGUCGGUACAGGAGCGAUCCAGGAUUAUGUUGUGACUGAUGUAUAUUAGUUACUUGUACAUUUCUUUUGGAUCUUUGCAAGGGAAAAACUAUAACAAGUUUUAUAUAAUUAAUUUAAAUUUGUUACAGGUCUCCAUGUUGAAGACACUUUCCCACCUUGGGUGACAACACCGUGCAACAGUGCAUUGAGAAGGUGACCUUUUCACCUUAGAAUGACUGUUGCCAGUUUUGUGUGUGUGUGAAAACACUUCAAAAUUGAAUUAAAAGAUGUAAAUUUAAAAUUGGUUGUCUAACUAAUAUGCCCCAGGUUCAGUAAAUAAACAAUUCUUUUUAAAAA